AUGAUCCAAAUUCGAGUCGGUAUUUCCAACUUUUAUCCGUUGUGGACUCCAAGGUCACAAACUAUUGAUGGUAUUUUAGGUCGGUUCUUAUUGGAAAUAGUAUCAUCAACUUUUCAUGGGCUUAAUGUAACAUUCCUUCCAGUAGAAACUUCAUUCGAAGAACGAUGCUUUUCGAAUGGCUCAUGUACACACUCCUUAUACGAUCUUCAAGUCGGCAAUGUUGACUAUAUCCGCCUACCGCCUCUUAUUUCCCUAGAAAGUAUUGGCCCUAAUCUGACCACCGGUUCAGUUGAAAGUGAACUGGGUUGUUAUUUGGGCUACAAGAAGAAGUUAAAAGUCAAUGUUGAUUAUUCAACUUUCUUUGGAUUCAUAUUUGAAUUCGGCCCGUGGUUCUGGUUAACAUUAUUGUCGUUCCUAAGUGUUUUCUCUAUUAUCCUUUACGUGGCCUUAAAAGUACAAUCGCCGUCAAGAAAAAUGAUUGACAUUAUCUGGAUUCAAAUCGAAUGCAUUUUGUGCCAAAAUUUGGAUUCCUCGUUAAUCACUUUGAAUCGAUUCAGAUUAACGCUACUUAUGAUAUUCUUAUUAUUAUCGAAUAUCUUAUCAUCAAAUUCGUUGCGAACUGGACUAGUUUCUAAUAUCGAAUAUCUUAAAUUAGAAACACUUCAAGAUGCUUUCGAAAAUAAUUACGAACCAGUUGUCCAGGAAACUUCUCAGUGUCUUUCGUACCUUAUAAAAGAUAUCCAAUUAAAAUCGAAAUUAAAAGUUCUAAAAUUACAAGGUGGAGGACUCUAUGAUGUUUAUCAAAACACUGAGAAGACAAUAUUUUUUGGCUGUACUUUUGGUCGUGAGAAACAAAAUUCGGAACCUUAUGAUAUAUCAUCGAAAGCGAUAUUUAAAGUAUCGACCGUUUUUCUCAUUAACAAGAAAAAUCCAACAAAACGUAAACUCAUCUUCAAACGAAGUUAUCGAUCAUUCGAAGCAGGACUUCUGAACAAUCCGAUCGUCUAUAAAACUCGAGUGAAAUGUUUAAGUCUUGAUCGAGCACCAUUAUCAUGUUUAAAUCGAGAUUUUGAAAUUCAUGCUUCUCAAACUCCAGUAACAAUUAACUAUCUGAUGAUUCCAAUUAGUUCAUUAUUUUCAAUAGUUAAAUUUUCUGUUUAUACUUGUUUCAAUCAUUUUGUUAUUGUUGCUCAAUUGUUCACACACCGGGUAAACAUUUCAAUCAAAAUCUACAAUUUAAAUGAUCAUAUAGUUAUCCCUUUAAGUUUACCAUUAAUUGUAACUACUAAUUGUAAACAAUCAACCAGGUUAAACAAUUCAAUUGACCACGAAUAUAAUCAAGAUCAACUGUUCAAUAAAAUAUCAUCAUCGCCACAAUCAUCAUCUUUAUAUUAUCAUAAUCAUUUGAAUAUUAAACAAAUCAGUAAAUUAAAUCAUCUCAACUGUAAACAACGAGUAGCAAUUAAAUUAAAUUCAGUAAACACAGUUAACACCAUGAUCGAUGCUGCAGAGGAUUUAUUGUUAUCGUAUGGAGCUGAUCCAUCAACACCCUCACCACCACCACCACCACAAGCACCGAACCACAAUCCAACCCAAGUUCCACCUCCACCAACAUCAACAUCCCCACCAACGACGACGACAACAACAGCCCUUGAGGGCGGACAUGGGAUCAACUUGUCAAUCUCCUCGUCGUUACUAAAUAUCAACCAUAAUAAUAAUAGUUCCGGUUCGAGUUCAGGGCUGAUUACACUUGGUAAACGUAUCAAUAAACGUCGGGUUCGAGGUGAAACUAUUAACGGCGGUGGCGGUGGUGGUGGGGAAACACAGGGUGACUCCCUGUUAGCGUGCCUUGUUUGUGGUAAAAAUUUUGUCUCUUUUGGAAGGUUGAAAUCCCAUGAAAAAACUCAUUCCAAAUCGCGACCUUUCAAGUGUAUCGAUUGUGGUAAAACAUUUACCGUUCGUUAUUCGUUGAUCUGUCACACUCGUGUUCACACCCGUGAACGUCCCUAUGGUUGCUCAUAUUGUGGUUCGAGGUUUUCUCAGGCCUCAUCAUUGAAAACUCAUCAAAUCUACAAACACACCAAAGAGUUUCCUUACCUUUGUAAAUACUGUGGACGCGGUUUCAUCUCUCCAGGUCAAAAACACGAGCACAUCCAACGAACUCACCUUAAAUCAUCAUUCUCAUCAACCGUUUCAACAUCUUCUUCACUCUCUUCCUCUUCACCUUCCUCUUCCUCUUCAUCUUCAUCAUCUUCAUCAUCUACUCAUGUUGAUUGUCACCUUUCUCGGUUAAAAUCAUGUCGUCCACUGAUCGUUGAACCUUCAUUGUUAAUCCAACGUUCACAUGGACCCAAAAUGGCGACGACUUCCGUUCAAACGGACAUACGAUUACCACCAGAUCUAAUUUACUAAUUGUUAAUAUUAUCAAAGCAAAGAAAAUGAAAUUUUAAUUUUGUUUCUCUUUUCUAAUUGUUGAUUAAUUUAGACACUCAACAGACACACACAGGGUUGUAUUUACACCGAAUCAUUGGAAUUGUUUUUAUUUCGAUAAGAUCACUUACCGAUUAUCACAAUUAAGUCUCUCAUGUUUUUCUGUUUUAAUUUGCUUCUUUUUUUUUGAUUACAUAGACUUGUAAUUAAUUGUUGUUUUCUCUUGAUAAAAUUAAAUUGCUAACAAUUAAUUGUUUUGCAAAAUACCAAGAAACCAACACACAAUUCAAUUGAUUUUAAUUUCUCUUUCAAUAAUUUACUAACUUUCACAAUUAGUAAU